GGAAGCUUGGAAUAAACGGGACGGUCCUGGCCGCACUUCAUGGGGGUUUCUGACAGCCUAACGAUGUUGAGGAGGAACACCCUGGCGAGUCUAUUUAACAUGAAGACCUGCCCUUGGAUAACCCGUCUGAUCUAAUAUUCUGAGACGUGCGACAUGUCACGGCAGAGUUCUUAUAUUCUCUUGAAGAGAGGUUUUGGAAAUCCCAUUUCCUGUACCCCGGAUCACGCAUACAUACAUUUCCACAGUGGGGCAUCUCGACCCUGCGGUGGAGCACCGGCGCUAGCACUCUCGACCCCUCCUUCACCAAAUCCGCCGGCAUGACUGCGUAUGCAGAGAAUCCCAAACUGGGAAAUGGAAAUUCAGCUGUGGAAGGAGCAGAUGAAAAAUGAAAAGAGGCAACGUAUGAGAGCAUCGCGCCAAAAGCGCGGUAUAGAAAGAACCCACUUGCCGUCUCCCAGCUCAUGUGUAGCUGCCUAAUGUAUUCAUCCUUUUUGUUUUCAACUCCCUCGUUCUCAUCAGGAGAAUAUCGUGAUCAUUGGGCAACAUCUCCAACAGGUCUUCGCGACUGGUCCAAGAACCACAUCAAGCUCCGCUCAAGGUGGCUCGGGAUUCGUCGACAUUGGUCAUUCACGGCCUGAUAAGAAUACCCACACGCAGCCACCUCGCGUCGAGACACUGCAGCAGCCCGCCGUCUUGACUCCUCAGCUUUGAGCUCGUUGUUUUCCCAGUCUUGCGGCUGUUGUCGACUCCAGCCUUUGGGCUCCGUCGUCGUGUCGACCACUGGUCACCGCCUCUCCUCUUGCUGCAACUUUCUUUGGCCUCUUCUGUUCAUCCAACGACCCACACUUACCCUUCCCUCUUUCAAGAGGCCAUUCAUCCGGCGACAAUAGGGUCGGCCUACGCCGCGAAUGGGAUCCCGGGCCGUGUGUCACGAGCUCUCACCUCCGCCAAUUACAAUUGCAUUUAAUCUACGAAGAGGCCCAGAGCACCACUCGACAACUAGACAUUCCACUCCCCAACUCCUAGGCCUCUAGCUACACUUGCGGCUCUGCAUUGUGGCAAAGAGAAUCUCAGUAUAAAGGCAGGACAUCAUCCUGGAAUAGCAACUCCGCUGCGUGCUAGAGGAGGUUCUGGAUCUCUUGCCGUUGGCCGUUUGGUAUAUCGUUUUUUGCUCUGGUUUUCAUUUUACCCACGAAUACGCUCCCUCAUAACACCAUCCCGUCUAUCGGGAUUGUUGAGUUCACCAAUAUUUUGUUACGUUUUCCAAAAAUGCAUGCACCAUGAGUUCCAGUCGACGAAACCAAGGGGCAUGGUCCAAGUGGGAACAUGAUGAGCAGAACAACCGAUAUUUUAGGGCCAGACGGAACCACAGAGGUGAUUGGGAAUAUGACUACAGCUACCCGCCAGGCAGUGAGCAGCAAGCUCCUCGCGCUGAUGGUGUUGAUAAUCUCGCGAGCUCGAUGUCCAAUGUGACCAUCUCAGAUACAUCGUACAAUCUUGAUACGCCGGGUGUCCAAGAUGGUUCGGCAUAUGAUGACUCUUAUACGUUUAGUGCCCCGACUGGUUCCACGAGCUUCGGGCUGUCGGGUAUUCCACCGAGCCCUGGGCAGAACAUAGUUUAUAGUGACCAAACUCAGGGAUAUGGAGCGCCAUCUGCACAAGGUUACGAUGGGUACUCGACCAGGCCAAAUGGGAAAUCUUACGACCAGUCUUCUGGAUACAGACCAUCCAAAGGGAAAAGCUCCUCGUCAAGGAGACCUCGGAACAGGGGAAAACCUCAAGCUGAUGAUCUGCCGCCAGCCCAACCCCAGUCAUUUGGGCCCGGUGAGCCGUUCUACGAACCAACGAAGCCUACUUCAUCCUACGAUGAAACCUCAUCUGUUGCAUCCGAGUAUGGAACUGAUCUUGCAGAUGGUACGGAUGCAAGUGUUGCAAGUGAAUUCGACGAUCAAGGAACCCAAGUUGCACCCAAUCCCGCAGAGUCCAGCUAUUACUCAGGCAGCACUGUCACUCUUGAUCCAAGGGCAGCCGUGUUUUCAGAGCCUGGCCCUAUAGAAGGUGAAGUUGAAGAGGACACUGCGACUGUGAUUCAACCGCCAGAGGAGUACUCUACUAUUCCCGAGGCCUAUGAGGAAGAUGAUGGGUACGGAACUGGCAUGGUGCCUGGACCAGCUUCAAUGGUUACUGGAUAUGACCAGUCCGCAUAUCAAUUUCAAGACGAUCCUGGGCAGCAGACACCAAGAGCUCUGUCUCCGAUGGUGCAGACCCCUUACUCGUAUGGGAAUACCAUCAACCAACGAGUCAGCGAUAGAGGCUAUGGUACUUCACAUUCAUCGCAACAAAAUGACAUUUGGAGCAGCUUCGUGGUCGAACACUCGUCAAGAUUCCAACCGGGAGAAGUCUUUAAAAUCUACUGGUCUGAACCUCUCGGGAGCGGUAUGAACGCGACCCUGCGAUCCUACAUGCAACGAGGCCAGAAGUUUCAUGAAAGCUUUCGUCGGUUCAUUGUUGUCGCUACCGACGAAGGUCAUUCUACUUGCGUGCCUAUUCUGACAUAUGGUCAUCAAGCCUGCACCAAAAAGGGCGUGAAGCCCCGCAAGCAUGGGAUCGUCUAUGCCUCUGGUACAAGACCACGCAUGAUGCCGGGCGAGCCAGACUUGGGUUUCGAACCUGUGCGGCUCGAGCUCACAGAACGAACCGAGAAGCUCGACAAGGAGUCGCGCGUGAAUUAUGCGAAGCUUGUCACGAUCGAGCAUAACUACAGAGUGUUCUUCAUUGGCCGUAUUGCCACCUCCGACUUCCACAACAUCGUCACACCUGCUGUUGACUACUGUUGGCAAAACAAGAACCGUUAGCACGGUCGAAUCCGGUUUUCUUUUUCCUAUUUCUUGGAUACUUUAACUAAGCUAAGCUUUUUUUAUUUUUUUUUUAUACAGCGGGCAGGGUUACUGAUAAGCGUAUCUUGCGUUCCCGGGGUUUUCCUAUGGUUUUUUCUUUUUUUUCUUCAUUUACAUUAUUUGAUACUUUAUGACGGUCGUCGUCAAGAACUUGGGCAGACAUGCCUCUAACGUUUUUUUACGAUCGCUGCUAGUAGUCAACCAGCCAGCAGCUCCUUAUUUUCGCCGUCACCAGUCUCGAGACCAAUUUAUCUACGUUUUUCACAACUCUUCUCAGUAUCCGAAUAUACGUUUCUUUAUUUUCUGGCUGACGCCAUCGAUGUUCAGCCAGCUGCGGCUAUUUCACGAUUUAUGACCAUUUCUUCUUCAAAUAACAACUGCAGCUCUGGCAACAGCAAUGGCAGGAUCGUUUUGGGGAAGGCGAUGAUGAGAAUAUGAUGUUUAUGAUCUUCGUUUCAUGUUGCUGAUUUAUAACGUUUUUCUUUUUUUGGCUAUGACUUCAAGGAUUGGGUAUCGUGUUGAACAGAUUGGAAAAUGUUGAUCCAGUGGAAAAGGCGGAUGGGAUUGAUGAGCAGGUUUUUGUCUUGGUUAUUCUUUCGAAACGGGCAAAACCAAGACAAGAGAUCUUGUG